GUUCCCUACCUAGCUGGCCUCCAUAAUUAGUAGUCAUGUUAUCGUAGGCGUUCCUGGCUAGACUCAUCCAUUAUAAGUCAUUAACUGGGAUACCGUCCAAAUUUUGUCCAUCCUUCAAUUACAUACUUCCUCUAACACCAUAGAAAUCUUAUAGACCAUGCCAACUGACAAUCUCUAUACUACAUAUAUAACUAGUGUUAUCAUAAUGUCUUUCUUCAGGUGACAGAAACGAGUCAUUUCCUUAGAUUUUUAUUUCAUUUCAUUUCAUUUUAUUCCACUCUGCCCAAUUCUUCUCUCCUUAUCUUGUGUUCUUUAGAAUUUUUAUAGACGAUACCAGCUGCGAUUAAUAGAACGCAAUGUCUAUCUGCGUAGCUGACUUUCCCCAGACCUGGCAGAAACCCUCAUCCGAGGAACUUCUCGCGGCUCUCAAGCAGCUUCAGGUUGAACCUCCGAUCUGGAAUCCCGGCACUUCUCGCAAACUCAUAUUGGAGACCUACCAAAAUGCGGCCCAGCUCCGUCGCGAGAUUGCUGCGUAUCUGUCCAGCAUAAUCAAGAGUAGUCUUGCGUGGAUUCAGGACGAAGACGAAAAGGAAGCGGUGUGGGAUGAGGCAAGUCGACGCCUUGCCGAACGCUGCGGCAGGGCAGGAAUGGGUGAGAUCACGCGCAGGUGGCCGCUUGAAAGCCAAGCAUCGUCUCCUUUUGAGCUGGUCAUUCGCGAGCCUCCUAUCACAGGUGACUCGCUUGGCUUGAAAACCUGGGGGUCUUCGUAUCUGCUUGCGCAGUCUCUAGGCCGCAUUGCAAAAGAAUCCCUCUCCCAUAUAUUCAGCUUGGGACAAUCGAAGGAAUCCCUGCAUGUUCUCGAAUUAGGCUCAGGUACAGGACUCUUGGGGAUAGCUGCCGCUGCUAUCUGGAAAUCUAAUGUAGUUUUGACCGAUCUCCCGGCUAUUCUGCCAAACCUUGCCCAUAACAUUGAGAGAAAUCGAUCCACCGUCGAGGCUCUAGGGGGGAAUGUUGAUUCGGCGAUUUUAGUAUGGGGCUCUGACGACGGAAAUGCAGAGCAAUUUGACACCAAGAACCAAUUCAAAAUUGUUCUCGCUGCAGAUCCCCUCUACGACGACGACCACCCAGAGCUUCUGGCCUCUGCAAUAAUUGCGCAUCUUGCUAAAGACGAAAAUGCUAGGGCUAUCGUGAUGGUUCCACAAAGAGACUUGGCCACCAAGAAAUUGACUGCCAAGUUCUUAUCUACUACGAUUGUCUCCGGGUUAAGCGUGCUGGAGCAAAACACCUUAGUUGGCCAAGACGACUGGGACGAGGAUGGUGAAGACUCGGGAAUAGAGUGUUGGUGGGCUGUUUUCGGGAGACAAUAGUUAGCGAUUAUUUCCAUUCCCACCUUGCCUUGGGCUGAGCCUUUUAGACAUAGAAUUAUAGAUUGAUAGACGCUUGUUAGACUGAUAUACAGGGAUAGCAAGAAUGGUAGAAAUGUUACUCCGGCGUUCUCGUGAGACAUCGAUGCAAGGGGUGGAGAUACGAAGAUACUAAAAUAUGGCAACUCCUUAUUAUGUAUAUCUAAUGCUAUCUAUGAGAAUAUAAAUGAGAUGGAUACACAAUAUACCUAGG